ACGUCAGCGCUCACCGACACAGCUUGUUUUGGAGGAAGUGGACAGAGCUAGGCUAGCUGCUAGCGUCAACGGCAACAAGACGAAACAAGACCAUUGUACCAAAUCGCCCCUGUUACACGAAGGGAGACACACGUCGGCAGUGGCAGUUUUGAUUUUGAUAAGUAGAGUUAGCUGCGAGGCUAGCUAUCAGAGAGUAUUUAGCUGUCGACUUGCUAAAACGUGUUGUUUUGUUAACGGUAGACAUUUAAAGGAGCUGUUAGCCUGUCAGCUAGCCUGCGCGUUAGCUAACGCUUAAAACCCGAGGCAGAGGAAAAAGUCCACAAAGACAUUUUUUAUUACCGCAGGAUCACCGCCCAGCUGUGGCACAAUGACGUCAAGGAAGAAAGUACUACUUAAAGUCAUCAUCCUCGGAGACUCUGGAGUUGGGAAGACCUCAUUGAUGAACCAGUAUGUGAAUAAGAAGUUCAGUAACCAGUACAAAGCCACAAUAGGUGCUGAUUUCUUGACGAAAGAAGUCAUGGUGGAUGACAGACUUGUCACAAUGCAGAUCUGGGACACAGCAGGUCAGGAGAGGUUCCAGUCUUUAGGUGUUGCAUUCUACCGCGGAGCAGACUGCUGCGUCCUGGUGUUUGACGUGACAGCACCCAACACCUUCAAGACUCUAGACAGCUGGAGGGACGAGUUCUUGAUCCAGGCCAGCCCUCGAGACCCGGAGAAUUUCCCCUUUGUGGUGCUGGGCAACAAGAUCGACCUGGAGAACAGACAGGUAACAACCAAGCGAGCACAGGCUUGGUGUCAGAGCAAGAACAACAUCCCAUAUUUCGAAACCAGCGCCAAGGAGGCAAUCAAUGUGGAGCAGGCCUUCCAGACUAUUGCACGCAACGCUCUUAAACAGGAGACCGAAGUGGAGUUGUACAAUGAGUUCCCUGAGCCAAUAAAGCUGGACAGGAACGAGCGAGCCAAGCCGUCAGCGGAGACCUGCAGCUGCUGAGGACUCUGAAGAUCUUCGGGGGCUCGUCAUUGCCCUCAUCACCCUGUCUUGCCUUGUCUAUAUAUCCCCUUUCCCAUGGCCCACUGUGUUAAUCCCUAAUGCCCAACAUACAAGCAGCAUCCCACUCAUAGAGUAUACUACUACACACAGACAUGCUGCACCCACCUCCUUAUGUAUACAAAACACACAUUUUCUAUAAAAUAAGUCUCCUAGCCCAAAGAACACCUUAAGGAAACAUUAUGGCAUUUACUUGUAUGAUGCUUAUUACUUCCCAGUGUUUCCCAUCCUAUUCUUUCAUGGUGGCGGUGGUUUGGGCUGAUCUCAUUUUUGGUUUCAUGUAUAUCACUGCUUUCACACCCAGUUUUGGUUCUCACUGCUUUCAUUUGGGAUACUUAAAGUGGUAAAUCAAAGCAUAAUCUCUAUACAUGUUUGUGUUUAUGAGUAAAGUUAGACAAACUUUUUUUUUUAAAAUCAAAGUUUCUUUAGCAGUGGUGGUUUUCUUACUUUCACGGCCCGCCACUGCUGCAUGAAUAGAGGAAACACUGCUCCCCUCAUUUUACUCAUUUGUGUUGUGGCUUAAAUUAGUUUUACACUCAAAAACACUUGUCACCAUGGUUUCACUUUACCUCAUGCAACCUUAAAGAAAAAUAAACUGAUACUUGUUGGGGAUUGGGAACUGAUGUCCUGAAGGAUCAGAAUGUGUGAAGGUGCAUGUGUGGAUCACAUUAAGAUGCUGCCGGCUGAUUCUCGUUAAUUGGUGUCGAAUAGAAAAUACAGUUAAAUGACAAGACCAUCA